GGCAGACUAAACAUUUCUUGUAUUUUAUCUGACAAAUGCAAAAAAACACUAGGAAUUGAGAAAGAAUGGAGUAACUGAAAAGAAGCUUCAACUGUUACGAGAUGUUAAUGGUGCAUUCAGGCCAGGGGUGUUAACAGCAUUGAUGGGGAUCACUGGUGCAGGGAAAACUACAUUGCUUGAUGUUUUGGCAGGAAGAAAAACAGGAGGGUACAUUGAAGGCAUUAUCAACAUAGGUGGUUACCAAAAGAAGCAAGAUACAUUCUCAAAGAUCUCUGGUUACUGCGAGCAGACUGACAUUCACUCUCCAUAUCUCACAGUCUAUGAGUCCCUGCAGUUUUCAGCAUACCUUCGACUGCCUUCAGAUGUUAGUCCUCAUAAAAGAGAUGUACGCUAACAUUUUCCCCUUUUGUUUCCAAAUGCGAAGAACUAAAUCUGAGGAAAGGUUCACAGUGUUUUCUUUCACAUGUCUCAGAUGUUUGUAGAAGAAGUUAUGGGACUAGUAGAGCUAAGAGACUUGAGGUGUGCUAUAGUGGGCGCUCCUGGGGUAACAGGCUUAUCAUCUGAGCAGCGAAAAAGACUUACUAUAGCGGUGGAACUAGUUGCUAGCCCUUCUAUCAUUUUCAUGGAUGAGCCAACAACUGGUUUGGAUGCUCGUGCUGCAGCUAUUGUCAUGCGAACAGUACGGAGGACGGUGAACACUGGGCGCACUGUGGUUUGUACAAUUCAUCAGCCAAGCAUUGAGAUUUUUAAAUCUUUCGAUGAGGUAUAUAAUUAAGAAAAUGUAUAGAGGCCUAAUUCUACCAUAAAAAAUAAAUUUCAUUUCCAAUCUAUAAAGACAUUCUAUAUAAAAAUGUUCUUAUCAAACAUCUCAGUUUAUUCAGUUAAUGAAUUUAUAUAGUUUCAAUAAACUACAACGAGUUCCUUCUUACCAAUUCCAGCUAUUACUUAUGAAAAGAGGAGGUCAGAUCAUUUACAGCGGUUCACUAGGCCCAUUAUCUAGAAGUUUGACAGAGUAUUUUGAGGUGAGACUAUGAUUCAUGUAAAAGUAUUGUUCUUAUCACAACAUACAUCAAUUACUUUCUUGUUAGGCUAUUCCUGGAGUACCUAGCAUCAAGGAUGGCCAAAACCCAGCUGCAUGGAUGCUUGAUAUCACUUCGCAUACCAUGGAAUACACAAUUCGAGUGGACUAUUCUGAAGUUUACCGAAAAUCGUCAUUGCACAGGUAAUAUCCAAAUAAAGCAUGAUGUUAUGCAUAAAGCAAUAUAUACACUCUAGAUUUAGCAUGAAAUUAGCAAAUGGUAUUUCAGUGGACUAUAUUGUAUCUGCAGGGAAAACAUGGCUCUAGUUGAUGAAUUAAGCAAGCGAAGAGUAAACCAAAAAGAUCUACAUUUUCCACCUGGAUAUUGGCCAAACUUUAAGGCACAGUGCAUGGCAUGUCUUUGGAAGCAGCAUUGCUCAUUCUGGAAAAACCCAGAGCUAAAUGUUGCGCGCUUUCUUAACACAUUUGGCAUCUCAAUGACUUUUGGCAUUGUGUUCUGGCAAAUCGGUUCAACAGUGUAAGAACUUUUCAUCGCUCGAUAUUAUUCAUUCGCCAAUGGAAUUUAACCAGAUUUUUCAGUAAAAACUUACCAGUUUUCUCCUGCACAACAGCAAGGAGGAACAAGAUGUGUUCAACAUUCUUGGAAUUGCAUAUGCAUCAGCACUGUUUUUAGGCCUUGUGAACUGUAGCACUUUGCAGCCUAUUCUAGCAAUGGAAAAGGUUGUAUUCUACCGAGAAAAGGCUUCUGACAUGUACUCUUCUAUGGCCUAUGUCAUCACUCAGGUAAACAAAUAGCUAUAUCUAGCUAACUCUGGCAAACGAUGAUUUUCUCUGACAUGGAAAAGGAAAAUAACAAUGGUGCUUAUUGGAUUCCUUUGUGCAGAUCGGAAUUGAAAUUCCAUAUAUGAUUAUCCAAGUGUUCAUAUUCUCAGCUAUUGUGUACCCAAUGGCUGGAUUCCAGCUAACUGUGACCAAGUUCUUCUGGUUCGUUCUAUACAUGAUAUUGAGCUUUACUGACUAUA